AUGGCAGACGAUGUAGUAGACACAAUCGCCCAGUACGAUUUGGACGACGACUUCCCUGACUAUGCCAAUGAGCAAAACAAAGAGCUUAACUAAAUCGUUCGAGAGAAGGUUAGGCUAGUUGCACAGUUGGGGCUUGAAAUUGAGGAACAUCAAGAGCGUCUAAAGAUCCUCGCAGAGCACUUGAAGUCAGUGCAGAUGGAGCUUGUUCACACAUAAUCACUUGUUGAUGCGAAGAAUAAGGAAAUUGAAACUGAAGAGCAUAUGAAACAAGUCGCUGAGAGACAGAGUGGUAGACUCCGUAACGAAAUUGAAAAACUUGAACAGAGAAUCGCUGACUAGCAGGACAGACUGAACAACAUCCAGAAUAUGAUCUUCAAAGCUAAUGAGAGGAUGGAUAAGUUUAAACUAGAGAUGAACUGGAAUCAGGAAGAGUUGGAGCAGUGGGCUCUGGCUGCCAGACAAAAGGAGGAGGAUAACCUUACUCUUGAGAAAUACAGAAGAGCUGAUGAGGCCAAGAUCAAGGAACUUACUCUGAACAUUGAAAAACUGACUGUUGAAGUUGCAAAGAAAGCCACUGAGUUGGAAAAGGAAGUGACAGAAACUCAAGCUGCUUAAAUCGAGCUUGAUAAGACUGCAGAGGAGUUCAAGAGACUUCACGCCGAAAGACAUCAACUUUACUUAUAAUGGCAAGACACAGUUGAAAACAGUAGAAAAAGAGAUGAGCUGAUCAAUGAGACUGGUGAGCAAUAUGGAAGCGCCAAAGAUCACCUUGACAAGAAGAAGACUGAUCUUGAGGAUCAUAAAAAGACCCUUGACAGAGAAAAGGAAAACAACAAAGAACUUGAAUCAAAUAUUGCUGGAGAAGAGAGAACUCUAACUAAGAUUAGAGAAAGUUUGGCUAAGCAUGAAGAAGAGAGAAAUAAUCUCGAAGGAGAGGUAGCAAUUCUCAGAAACCAGCUUUCAGCAUUCGCCACUGAGCUUUCAAACAAGAGAAUCCAUGUUGCUAACAUGAACCAAAUUCUUGAGGAAAAAAUGCAAAGACUAGAGGCAGCCAAAAAGAAAUAUCAAGCUACUAAGGAGAGGCUUAGCAAAGAAAAGGAAAUGCAAGAUAACUUGGAAGCAGGAAACAAAUCUUCAGAGGGUGACUUCAAGGAAUCCCAGAACAUGCUAACUGAGGUAGAAAAAGAAAUCAGACUGCAAAAAGAAACUCUUUUCAAGGAGUCUCAGAAGCUUUUCAAGCUAAGAGCUGAGCAAGCUAACUUGAUUGGAGAUAUCUCAGGUACUCUUUCAGCAAGCAGAAACCUCUAAGCAAAUAUAAUCAAGCUAAAGCAAGAACAGUAGAGAUAGCAAGAACUUCUCUAUAACGCUGAGUUCUAGAUUCAAUAAAUGGAGCGUAAGGUUGCCAGAGCCUCUGGAGAGCGAUCUCAAGAAGAGACCAAGAGACUCUAACAAGAAAUCCUUUUGGUUUAACAAGAACUAGAUAAGAAGAAGCAGUAAUUGAAUAUGCUUACUACUUCAAAUAAACAACUCGAAGACGAGAGAAGAAACAUCGAGAGAACCAUUAACAAGGCCAAGGACCAAAAGAGCACACUUGCAAUCACAAUUCAAGAACUUAAACUUGAAAACGAGAUGGCAAGCGGAGAUGUAGAGAAGAUCUUGAAAAAGAAGGAAAAGACAUUGGUUCAGCAUGACUGCAUGAAGCUUGAAAUCAAGAAACUGAGAGAAACCGUUAAUGUCGAAGCUGAUAGAGUCUAUGGUCUUGAGAACAGAAAGUAUCAACUAGAAAUGAGUAUGGAGGAAAGAGAGAAGGAGAUCUAGGUCCACAAAGAUAUCCUAGUUUCAGAAUAAAAGGCUGCUGAAGAAGAGAGGCACAAAGUAGCAGUAGAACUUCAACUUAGAAAGAAUAAAGUCAAGAACCUUAGAAUUAAAUACGAGGGUCUCGUCCAGAAGAGUCAAUCUUCAAGUGGUGAGGUUGAAGCAGUUGGUGAGCACUCACAAGCUUACUAUGUCAUCAAGGCUGCUUAGGAAAAGGAAGAACUUCAAAGAUAUGGAGAUGAACUAGAUGGCAAGAUUAGAAAGUGCGAGAAGGAGAUUAAGGCACUCGCAAACACUCUGGAUCAUCUUAAAAUGAGAAAUAAAAACUAUAGAGAUAAAUUCAUGCAAGGAGCAGAGGGAGCAGAUCUGGAAAAGAAGUAAAUUCUGGAAGAUCAAUGCAGAGCUGCUUCUGAGACGUUGUUCAAAAAGAGAAGGGAACUACAGAAACUCUAAAAGGACUACGAUGAUGAUGCCAGAAGACUCAUGGAGGUAAAGACUAAGCAAUAGCAGUUGGCUAAAUAGGCUGAAGAGCUGACCAACAUCAAGGAUAAACUCGACAAGGAUCUGCAAGAGCAAUACGAUAAGAUCGAGAGAGCUUAGAAGUCAUUCCAAGCCAAAUAUAACAAUGUCAGAAGCGUCAAGGGAGAUGCCUUUUAGGAGACGAAAGAGAACUAUGAAAUCCUAAAUGAAAUCGAGUCAUAAAAGAACAAGCAUCUGCUCACUGCUCUACAGUUGAUAUUGCAAGAGUUUCCAGACUUCAGCUAGGUCAUUGAGGGCCCACUAGCAGAGAAUGGCAUUAAGGUACCAUCUAGACCAGUAUCCGGCAUUGAAAGACCAUCAACAGGCGCAUCAUAAAGAAGUAGAAGAUGA